CCGUCCUUUUUUAGGGCUGGGUUAACAAAAUCCAUUUUUUUUAAAAGCGAGCUCGUGCUUUCAAUCCAUCUUUUUGUUCCCGCUGCUUCAUCAAUAUCACGGCCGCUUCUCUUUGUCGACGCAGUGAGACACUAUUGACGCCGUCCCUCGCUCGCCGUCUUCAAUCUUUGGCAUCGACCCUUCAUUCUUCGCAGAUGGCGAUUACUCUUUUUUACCCCCUGCCAAACAAAGAAUCCGUGAAGCCGAUUUAGGACCCAAUUUACAACAUGCGUCUGGCAAGGCAAUCCAAUUCAAAUCUUCAAACUCUGAUGUUAGGAAGCUUAAGGAAACAAAGACGUGCAGACUGCAGACUGCGUUGGCCGUUGUGUAGGGUUUUCAGAAGUUGCUCAUUGCCUUCAACUCUUCACACGGCUGAAUUGAAAACAGAUUCUUAUGGAUUCAGAUUCUUUAAAACGAAUUGCUCCUGCCCGAAGGAAGGUAAAAUUUGCUCCAAAAGCUCCACCUCGUCGAGUGCCAAAGGCAGAAGUUAAAACUGAAGUGGUUGAUGAUGCGGAUGCUGUUCAGGCUAAGGACUUGCUGCACCGUUUCAAUGAGAGUUCAAUGAGAGCAAAGCCUAAGCUUGAGAAAAAAGUUUUGGCUUCACAAAUUGCUUUCGGUAUUGGAGGUUCCUCAGCUUCAAUCAAAUCAUACGGUGCUAUGUGGGGUGCAAGUCAUAGUGGCAGUUCUCAGAGUUCAGCCUUCACUGGUGUGAGAGAGAAAGUAUACCAAGAACCAUGGGACUAUUACAGUUGUUAUCCAGUAACUGUCCCUUUAAGGAGGCCGUAUUCAGGAAACCCAGAACUUCUUGAUGAGGAGGAAUUUGGGGAGGCUGCAGAAUCCUUAACUUAUGAUGAAAAUUCAUCAAAUCCAGCAAUUGAUCUUGGACUGUUGGAGGAAAAUCCGGAAGCGAGUUUGUUUUUGCUUCAGUUACCUCCAGCUUUGCCUAUGAAUAAACAAUCAGCUACUGCAAGAGCCCAGGAUGCGCCUUCAAGAUCCAAACCGCCAGUGGGGACCCAACCUGUGGAAAAGCCGUGUAAUCUGAACCAGUUACCAUCUGGAUUGUUAGGUAAAUUGCUCGUAUACAAGAGUGGUGCGGUAAAGCUGAAGCUUGGUGAUACUCUUUAUGAUAUUUCCUCUGGCAUGGAUUGUGUUUUUGCCCAAGAUGUUGUUGCAGUCAAUACUACUGAGAAGCAUUGUUGCACUGUUGGAGAGAUCAGCAAGCAUGUUACUAUAACUCCAGAUAUAGAUGCCAUAAUAGAGAGUGUUGCUGAUUUAUGAUGAAUUUAUGAUGAAUUUAAUACGUUUUAAUAUAGUUUGUUCUUUCUUUCUUUCUUUCUUUCUUUUUAAAGAAAUUGUUUGAUUUAUUAUUCAUAUUGAGAAAUGAAGAGAGGAAAGGGAAAUUUUCUUUGAAA